GCGCCCGGUCACUUUCCCAUGUCGGAUGUCCGCCAGCCCGCCUGAGCGACGCACCAGCGACCGACCGAGAGCUCAUCGUGCCUCCCUUUAUUAACACCGGCUGUCCCGUGCCUUCCGUGCCCUCCUUCACUUCAUAAAAAAGGGUUCAUUAUCCAGCCUAUCCUCCUCUUCGUUCCUGUCUUCAUCUUCCGCUCGCUACUCCAUCCAAGAAGCAUUCAUCCUCACCGUCCGUCUCAUCCGUCCACAGGACCGCCGACUUCUUCGCCCACCCAUCUUAGGAGUAUACAUACAGUUACCACAUCCAGUCAACUACAAACGACAAAGACAGACACAGAUAUCGGUCCUACCUUUACCGACCCAUUGCAUUCACCACACAUUACCCUGGACAGAAUCGGUGGUUAGAGCUUUGAGCUUUUUUUCCCCCGACAUUCGGCAACCGACAGCGAAAAGUUUUCAGCGCGGGCCAUUUUACCUAAGCGUCUAGCUACAUUGCACCGCCUUUCCUGAGAGCCUCACGGAAGCAAACCAACGACGGCCCAAACUUGCUUCGGAAGUUGUGUGCUGCGCCUGUUCUCAGCCAGAGUAACUUUUUCUCAUCAGCUUGUAACUUUUUGGUCUUCUGCAAUCCAUUCGGUUCUUUUCCGCCGACGUCGAUCCUCCGCCUUCCGCCGAGUCCACAAUUAUUGGACCGUCUCCGCCCCAUCUUUAUCCGUCAUCCGGCCUUGCUUUGCGCGCUACCGCUACUACCAUCAUGUUCGCCAGGGACGCCAAUGGACACACUGUCCAGCUCCUCAACGACGAUGAGCCUCAAAAAGCUCCCCAGGUCCAGUAUCAGCCCAUGCCUUACCGCGCGCCAUCCAGCUUUGGACAACCCUACCACCCCGCCUUGACCAGGAGUAUCUCGUCGUCACCAAACACUCCAGAGCUGCUUCGAUCCGACUCCUAUGACUCCCAAAUGAGCAACGAGCCCAUCUCUCCCAUGACUCCCAUCUACGACUAUAGCCGGGGUUACCCUAUCGAUACUCGGCCGUACGAGGACUACUCCGACGCUCACAGCUACAUUGGUGCGAAGAGGCCGCGCACCAUGAGCGACAGCAGGUCCAUGUCUUAUGAGGAUGACGCUGCCAGCCCGGCAGCCACUGAAAGGGCCGGCAAGCGCUAUCCGUGCAGGUAUCGGGACAGCCAUGGUUGUGAAAAGACCUUCACCACAUCCGGCCAUGCUUCGAGGCAUUCCAAGAUUCACACUGCCGAAAAGGCUGUCCCCUGUUCGUUUCAAGGCUGCACCAAAAAGUUCACACGGGCCGACAACAUGAAGCAGCAUCUGGAAACACACUACAAGGACAAGUCGCGCUCAUCUACCCGGCCAUCUCUAGCUGGAGAGCGCAAGCCUUCUUCCUCAGGAAAGUCCUCUCGAUCCAAGUCAACAACAUCAGUAACAACCGUCGCCGCUGCCGCUAGCCCGGCCACACUACCACUCACACCUGGGGUUGGGAGUGCCUGGGACAUGCGUGGACUUAACCUUCCUCUUCUGAGCCCUUCGGUCGCUGUGCCAACGCCGAGUAGUGGGCUAGACGCUCUGGCUAUGGCAGUCGCCUGCCAAGAAGGGUCUUCUUAGUCAAUUCUACAUUUUAAUAUGACCCUUCUUUUUCCUUUUUAAAUCUGCGUCGGUACUUCUCGGAGGAUCGAGCAUCUGUGUCUCGCCACUGCCAGCUGACAGGCGUGUUUGCUGUCAGACAUGACGUAUCCGCCGCGCUUUCGCUUUUACGACGCGGCUUCUCACAUUUCCGUUGUCUUGGAUCCUAUAGGGAAUGGUACAAAGCAACCCUCACUCUAUUCUCUUGUGUUGCGAAGCAUGCAAUAUCUUACUGGGGUCGGUACUUGUCAAAAAGGCCUUUUUUGCCUGGGAUUAUACACUUACAAUUUAGAGGUCAAGUACACGCAUGGUGGAGACCUUUUUUUAUUUUCUUUAUUUUCUGUUUCUUGCAUUCAAUUAUCAACAUGAACUGGGAUCAGGCAACAUGGAAGAGGGCAAGGGGUAUAUUUGCUUAGGGUACGGCGCAAUUAGGGGUGAAGUUGUUUCUUCUCGUCAUCUAUCCGACAACAGGCUGAUCAGGAUGGUGGCCGUAUGGAAUGAGUGGCUUGGCGUUCUACUGUCCAUGUGUAUCAAUUUUAGGGUUUGCAACUGGCAUCGAUAUCCUCUUCUUGGUUACACAAUACACAAAGCGUCUUAUAUAGCUAAAAGACCAAUAACAAGCUUGACAAAUUGACCAUAC